GCGCUCCAGGGCCCCGCCCCUUCUCUCUCCUGCCCGCAGGCUGGGAAUCUGCGGCCCGCGCUGGGUGGGUCCGCCGGGCAAGCAGUCACACUGAAAGGAGCCCACAGAAGGAAUUCAUCUUAUUACCAGUGGAAUUUCAACAUUUGUGUCAUUUAAAAAUUGACUUAAAAACAAAGGGUGCAGGUUUGGCAAGAGCUGAAGACUGACAUUUUGAAAACUCACAAAACAGGUCUUUCUACUUGAGAAGGCCGGGCUGAGAUGUGGUGGUUUCAGCAAGGCCUCAGUUUCCUCCCUUCAGCCACCGUCAUUUGGACCGCUGCUGCUUGCAUCUUUUCGUACAUUACUGCCAUCACGCUCCAUCACGUGGACCCUGCUUUGCCUUAUAUCAGUGACACUGGCACACUAGCUCCAGAAAAAUGCUUGUUUGGGGCCAUGUUGAAUGUCACAGCAGUUUUAUGUGCUGCUACCAUUUAUGUUCGUUAUAAGCAAGUUCAUGCUCUGAAUCCUGAAGAGAAUCGCAUCAUCAGAUUAAACAAGGCUGGUCUUGUCCUGGGAUUCCUGAGUUGCUUAGGACUUUGUGUUGUGGCAAACUUUCAGAAAACAACCCUUUUUGCUGCACAUGUAAGUGGAGCUAUCCUCGCCUUUGGGCUGGGCUCCUUGUAUAUGUUUGUCCAGACCAUCCUUUCCUACCAAAUGCAGCCGAGGGUUCACGGCAAGCAAGUGUUCUGGGUCAGACUACUGCUGGUUGUCUGGUGUGCCGUCAGCGCUUGUAGCAUGCUAACUUGCUCAGCACUUUUGUACAGUGGCAGUUUUGGCUCUGAUGUGGUACAGAAACUCCACUGGAAUCCUGAGGACAAAGGUUAUGCGCUUCACUUGAUCACCACGGCAGCAGAAUGGUCCAUGUCACUUUCCUUCUUCGGCUUCUUCCUGACCUACAUUCGUGAUUUUCAGAAAAUUUCUUUGCGGGUGGAAGUCAGUUUACAAGGUUUAACUCUCUAUGACACUGCUCCUAGUUCAGUUAACAAUGAGAGAACACAUCUACUUUCCAGAGACUUAUGAUGAAAUGAGAAAAACUUUCUGUGAAGAUUAUGAUUCUCAGGGAUUGAGAAACAUUCACAAAUGCUACUUAUUCUGCUCUGCAAUUUUCAACUAAGUAAUCAUGGCUGAUGGCGACAUUUAUAAAUACAAAUAAUCAAGAACCAUGAAAAUAAGUCAUUUGAUACAUUAUUUUUAAGGAUAUCUUCAAGAAGACUGUUUAAAACAUUUAUGCCUACGUGUGUUUUUAUCCAAGAAAAUAAAACCAAAGGACUACAA